GAGAAGAGAAAGGUCGCGGUCCAAAAGCACCCUCCCAUGCCUGCUCGCCAGGGAAUGACCAAGAAAAGGACACCGCCCAUCUCCUCCCACGAACCACAGCUUUCCUUCCAGCUUUUCAACACCAUUUCCCCUUUUUGAAGAGGAUUGGUUUAAUAUCUGAAUAAUUCCCGAAUCUUCUCUGAAUCAGCAGAGUAAGGAAAACCAAGAAGAUGACAACAACUUCGUCCCUGUCUCUCUCACUCUUCCUUCUCUCGGCCGCCCUGUUGGCCCUCCCGGCCUCCGCUGGAAUCUCCCCGGAGGUCCUCUCCGACGAGAAGCUUCCCCCGGACCCUGGGGACCUCUCCUCCACCCACCCCAACACCGUACCGGCAUUCCCCGUUGUCCAGACCGCGAAGCAGACCUGCCACCUCGACCUUUCCGACGAGCUCUUCGGCGGCGUCGGCGAGGCCUGCGGCCGCACCCUCGACCGCAGCCGCUGCUGUCCCGUGCUCGCCGCCUGGCUCUUCGCCGCCCACGCGCGAUCGGCGCUGGACGUCCGACCACCGCCGACGGCGACGGCGGCGACGGUGGACGGGCCGCUGAUGCCGGACGACAACCAGAAGUGUGUGGACUCGCUGCAGAGCUCGCUGGCGCGGCGCGACAUCCACCUGCCGCGGCCCAACGCCACCUGCGACACCGUGCUCUGCUUCUGCGGCAUCCGCCUCCACCAGAUCGGUUCGCUCCGCUGCCCGGCGGCGUUCAACGUGAGCGGCGCCGCCAGGAACGCCACGCCGACGGCGGCGGUGCGGGAGCUGGAGCGCAGCUGCCGCAACGCCUCCUACGCCGGAUGCACUCGCUGUCUCCAGUCCCUCGAGAAGCUGAAGGGCCACGGAUCGGGGGGCAGCGGCGACCGGACGACGAGGAUAUUCGGGCGGGACUGCCAGCUGAUGGGGCUGACGUGGCUGCUAGCAAAGAACAGGACGGCCUACAUCCCAACGGUGUCCGCUGUUCUGCGCGCCGUACUCUACAGCGUCCACCCCCCGAGCCGCGACGGGGACGCCAACUACAAGUGCAGCCUCGACCAGGAGAACAUGCCCCUUGCCGUCGAUUCCCUCCGCUUCCGGAAGCUCGACGACUCCUCCACCUCCUCCUGUUCCGCCCCCGUACGCUUCCCCCUUUUUUCCCUUCCUGUUCUCGUCUUGAUCCCUCUCGUGAGCGGCCACGUGGUGCUUGGAGGCACCUGAGAGAAAAUGACAAAAGGCCUGUCCUUUUUCGUCCUUUUGCCCGCUGUAAAUUUUCCAGUUACCAGGGCCGGGCCUACGGUACAUGAUACUUACAGUAUAUUGCUGCCGAUUCAUACCACCUUUGUUGUGGUCCUUUAUUUCUGGAUGGUCAUGAUUUGAUGAUCUUUUUUCGGUUAUAUACGUGGUUUGGCGAUGAUUUGUGAUUACUUUCUUCAAUGCAAACGGGGGAGGAUAAUAUCUCUCUAA